AUGAGCAAUUGUAAUAAGUCAGACAUAUUGAAAAGAUUUGUAGAAAAUGAUGAAAAUGCUUUAAUAGAUGAGAAUAGAAAAAAUAUUAAUAAUAGAAAUAUCAGCAAUAAAUUUUAUAAAAAUAAAAAUUUUAAAGAAAAAUCAGUAAAAAAGAAAAUUUUAGUAAAUGAAAAUAACGAUAAAAUAAAUAUAUAUGAUAAUAAAACAAAAUUAGUAAAAAAUAUUAAUGAACCCAAUUUAAAUAUUAAAGAGGAUACAGGAAAAUUAAGUAAAGGGGGGGAUUACAUAGAAUUAAAAGAAAAUGAUAAAGAGAAGCAAAAAAGAGAUGAAAUUAAAGAAAUAGCUAAUAUAUGUAUAGAAAAAAAUUUAGCAGUUACUAGUGAAAAUAUACAAAUCGUAAGAAAACUAAAGGAGAAAAGAACAUUGGAAGAAAAGAUAAAUAAAAAUGAGAAUAUUAAAAAUUUACAAGAGAAAAGAAGAAUUUUAGAAGAGAUAGAAUUUCAUGAAUGGGCUGAUAGAGAAAAAAGAAUAAAAGAACUACAAGAAAAAAAAAUGAAAUUAUUGAAAAGGGUUAUUGAACAAAGAGAUACGGAAAAAGCUAAUAAAAUAUUUUAUGAAGUAGAAAAAAUUAUACAAAGAAGAGAUGAAAAUAAGGAUAAAAUAAUUGAAAAUUUUAAAAAAGAAAAAGCAAGAGAUAUGAGAAAUUUAUUUGUAGAAAGAAAAAACAAUCUUAAAACAAUUUUUAAUCAAAAAAAUGAUAUAGUGGAUGAGAUGAAUGACUACACUUCUAAUCAUAAUUUACAAUUAGAAAGAAACGGUAUAAUUCCAAACAAAAUUAAUAAUAAAAUUUCAAGUAAAGUUGAUAAUUUAUUAAACUUAAAAAACAUUAAUGAAUUAGAUACUACAUUUAAUAAAUCAUUUAAUUAUGUAUAUGGGGAAAAUAAGUAUGGAAAAUUUUCUAAAUAUGAAAAUAAAAAAAAUAAAGAUAUAAUUGACACAUUUCAUAGAUAUUUAAAUAAGGAAGAAAAAAAACACACAACAAAUGAAUACUUAAUAGGUGAUACUUUUAAAACACAUAAAAAAACACAAUGUAUGAAAAUCAAUUUCCCUCAAAUAGAGGUUAAAAGUAAUGAAGACGAUAAUUUUGAAAAAAAUAUUUUAUAUCUCCAAAAUAUAUUAAGAGGAAAAGCAAUAAAAACAUUGAUGAAUGAUGGAAUAAAAUCUUAUAGUGAUCUAAUUGAAGAAUUAAAAACUUAUGAAAAAAUAGAUCAGUUCAGUAUAAAUGAAAAAGAAUUAUAUGAAAAGGAGAAUUUUGAGUCAAUUAAAAUUGAUUCUUAUGUAGAAAAUAUUCAAGGAAAAUGUGUAUCAGAAUUACUAGAUAAACUAUCUAAUGAAUUAGAAAAACAUGAAGAAGAAAGAAAAAUAGCUGUACUAGUAAAAUAUGCAGAAAGAGAAAGGAGAUUAAAAGAGUGUAAAGAGAAAGGAAAAAGACAAGCUGAAAUUUUAUUAAGAGAAAAAGAAGAUUAUUUAUUUAAUGAAAUAAUGGGAUUAAAUAAUCAAAGUGUUGAUUCUUAUUUAGAAGAUAUUUUAAGUAAAGCAAUAAAUGAUGCCUCUAAAGAAGAAGCAUUAAUAAGAACAAAAAAAAAAGCUGAACAAUUAAAUGAUAUAUAUAACUCAUUAGAAAAUAAUUAUGACGAUAAAAGUAAACUUAUUAUUAAAGAUUUAGUUGGAAACUUUAUUAUUCCAUAUGUUGAUAAGCAAAGAGGAAUAGAAUUUGAUCAAUUAGAAGAAAAAAAAAAUGAUUAUGUAUCAAAUUUUGCAACACAACAUAUAUUUGCAAAUAUUAAUGAAGCCUUUUAA